AUGUGGCGAGCUGCACCUGGCGGGCGCCUUUGGGCCGCAGAAGAGCCGCCAAUGUCACCUUGAGAGGAGGCGGCCGAUGUAACGAGUGGCUGUGGCUGGCUGCGGCUGCUCAGUCGCCUUCCAGACACCCCCAGAACCGAACAUGAUGAAACUGCUGGUGACAGCGUUGGCUCUCUGCCUGGGCCUCGUGGCAGGAUUCAGCAACAAUGAAUUCGUGAAUCCCGCGCACAAGAACUUCGCCUGCCAGAACCUGUAUCCCAAGCACGAGCCCUUUGAGCCGCAGACCGGAGCUAAUCCCUAUUCGCUGACGGUCACCGACGCUCCUGGUGGAAAACAGGUGACGAUCUCAGGAGAUUCCUUCAAGGGCUUUAUCCUGCAGGCGAGCAGCGGCAGCUUUAGCUCACCCAGCCACCCCGUAAUCAACGUGGGCUGCCCUCAGGGCGCUACCAUCAGACAGAAGGGAGCCGGCGUGAAGAACUCCUUCUCCGUUCUCUGGGUCGGAUCCGGUCCCGUCUCAUUCAAGGGCUCGGUCGUCAAGGAAUGGGUCGAGUUCUACAAAGUGUCUGCGUAAUUAUUUUCCUCGCGAAGAGUUAACAGAAGAGUCACUGCUGCAGCUGAGUUCUUCACUCCGCAGAGCCGUUACUGAAGACAGAUGCGAAUCCAUCUUCUUUUUUCUUAUAAAUUUUGCUGAAUUCGCGUCAGCAAAAACAAAGGGCGUUGAAUUGUAUUUUAUUUCCAGUGCCGUAAACUUAGGCUACAAAUGAAUAGUAAAUUACAAAUACAAGAGAAUUGCGCCUUUUCACCAUUUCAUGUGGAGCAAACUGUACGCAUCAUGAAAAGUGCAGACCGGAAAAGGGCAGAGAAGGGCACAUGGUACUUGUGACAGGACGCUGUGUUGUGAGGGAGCUGUUUAGUCGAGGGGAGCAGCCGGGCGAGCUAGAUGUUUUGUGCAUUGUAAAUGUGAUCUUAACCGUUUGUAGGGGCUACACAGCGAAAUGUCAACCCAGUUUGUAUGAAAUACGCGUGAAUCAGGCUUCAUGUCUUUUUUCAUAGAUGUAUAGCCUACUGAUUGGUUGGAGGCUUUGCGGGUCGCUACGCUUCAAAUAGAGCGCUGUGUUUUCGAAAUAAAUAUUUGAAAUUGCGGAAAAA